UUGAUGAUCAAGUAUAAAGGCAGGCAAGGGAGGGCCUUGGCCUUGCAUGGGUGUAAAUAGUUAGCCCAAAAAAAAGAAAAGGAACUUAUUCAUGGCCACCACGCACUGCUCCACCCUCCUCCAUGGUCUCUCCCAAACCCCUCAACGCCUCCGAAGAAGGAUGUUCGUGACAUGGACGCCGGACCAAGAGCUCAACCAAGUUCGCCAAAGGUCCGGCGCCGACAUGAAGCGCAAGCUCGAGUGGUACGACCUCGUCGCCCUCGGCGUCGCCGGCAUGCUGGGAGCCGGAGUCUUCGUCACCACCGGCCGCGCCGCCCACGACGUCGCCGGCCCUUCCGUCUUCCUCUCCUACCUCGUCGCCGGCACCUCCGCCUUCCUCUCCUCCAUGUGCUACACCGAGUUUGCCGUCGCGAUUCCGGUCGCCGGCGGCGCCUUUAGCUACCUCAGAGUAACCUUUGGAGAGUUCGUAGGUUAUUUUGGGGGAGCAAAUAUUUUGAUGGAGUACGUGCUGUCGAACGCUGCGGUGGCGAGGACUUUCACGGAGUACUUGAGCCAGGCUUUUGGGGUGAGCGAUCCGAAGUUGUGGAGAGUGGAGGUGGAGGGACUGCCCAAAGACUAUAACUCACUUGAUUUCCCUGCUGUUGCUCUUGUGCUUCUCAUCACAGUUUGUUUGUGCCACAGCACGAAGGAGAGCUCGAUUGUGAACAUUGUGAUGACGGCCUUCCAUGUAAUCUUCUUUGUGUUCAUCAUCGUCGUUUGCUUCGCUAACGGAAACCAUAAAAACUUGAUCCAACCCAAAGGAUUGGUUCCUUUUGGUGUGGAAGGCGUGUUCGAUGGUGCAGCCAUAGUGUAUGUGAGCUACCUUGGGUAUGAUUCCGUUUCGACCAUGGCAGAGGAGAUCAGAUGCCCAUCCAAGAGCCUUCCCAUCGGCAUUGCUGGCUCAGUGCUCAUCGUCUCCACUCUCUACUGCCUUAUGGCCUUAGCCUUGUGCUCCAUGAUCCCCUACAAUGAGAUAUUGAGCGAUGCCUCUUUCGCGGCGGCCUUCAGGAACACAGUGGGGUGGAAAUGGAUGGGCAACCUUGUGGGAGUGGGAGCAAGCUUGGGCAUCAUCGCCUCGCUGCUGGUGGCCAUGCUUGGUCAGGCGAGGUACUUGUGCGUUGUGGGUCGGGCUCAUCUCGUGCCAUUUUGGUUGGCUAAAGUGCAUCCCUCCACGGGGACUCCCAUCAACGCCACCAUCUUCUUAGGGAUAUGCACCGCAUGCAUUGCGCUCUUCACAGAUCUCCAAGUGGUUAUAGAGAUGAUAUCGAUCGGGACUCUGCUGGUGUUCCUACUAGUGGCCAACGCGCUCGUCUACAGGCGCUAUGUGAAGUUGUUCGACAGCAGUGACCCCCGCCCCACCUUACUGUUCCUUGCGCUGCUCACCUCCUUCUCUAUCGGCUUCUCCCUCUCGUGGAAGCUGAACGAAGGGAACUACUGGGGGCUCGCUUUAUUCGGCAUCUCCACCAUCGGCAUCACUGCAUUAUUCCACUGCAAGAUGCCGUGCCAUCAGGGCGGCACUGCCGAGUGGGCUGUCCCACUCAUGCCAUGGCCGGCAGCGGCCUCUAUCUUCCUCAGUGUGUUUCUGAUGGCCAGCCUAGACAAGAGAUCCUUUCUCAGGUUUGGCUUGUGGAGCUUCCUCGUCACGUUGUUCUACGCGUUGUACGGUGUCCACUCCGCGUUUCACGCAGAGGAGAUGGGGGUCGAAAGGGGAUCAACUUCUGAGGGCAAUCAUGUCGAGCAAUCUUUUCAGAAACAGCAGCAGCAUGCCAAAGGCGACGUAGUAUAGGUGUUUUAGCUAGCUAGCUGACCACUUUGUAAGAAUCACAUACCCAAAACGAAAUCCAAAACGAAAGCAAAAGCAAAAUAACUAGCGCAGGCUUUCCAUAUGAGCAUUUUCCUACAAUAAUCCAUUAUAUCAAACUUUAAACA